CCAGUCUUAAAUAAUAAUCCCUGCAUGACAUGUCUAUAAGUAUAUAUAAACAAAAUAUCCGUUUGCAUUCGUCUUCACCCUGUUUCAUUAAUAGGCCUACGUCAUUCAUUGUUGAAACCAGUUCACUGAUUUUCUUGCUAGUACGUGGUUAUACUGAAUUACUGUAAACUAUGGAUAAUGUUCAGAAUAAAAGCAAAAAGAAAAAGGAGGAAAGUAAGCUCUUUUGCGUAGAAGAUUACGAAAAACUGGCCCAGAAAGUCAUGGAUCCUUUGGCCCGGUCAUACUACGGCUAUGGAAAUGAACGUGGAUGGUGCCUUCGGGACAGUGUCCAGGCGUUUUCUAGAUAUCGCAUCCGGAGCCGAGCUCUUAAAGACGUGUCCCAUCGGACCCUAUCCACGACUGUCUUGGGUCAGUCUAUCCCCUAUCCCAUCGGUGUUGCACCCACUGGAAACCACGUCAUGGUGCACCCGGAUGCAGAGAAAGCAACUGCCAAAGGGGCGGUGGCAGCUGGUGCCCUCCUGAUACACGCUGUCGAUUCGAAUGAGACCAUUGCUGACGUAGCAGCAUCAGCACCCGGAGGGCUCAGAUGGAUGCAAAUCUACAUGUUCCGGGAUCGUCAACUUACAGAACAUAUCGUUCGUGAAACGGAGAGGGCGGGCUACAAGGCUGUUGUGGUUGCAGUUGAUUCCCCAUGUUCGGGACUCAGCCCCAAGCUACUUGAUAUGUUUAAUACCAACGGAUUAGACCAUCCAAAAUAUUGUAUGAGGAAUUUUAAGGCUGAUAUUCCAUCGUUCUGGGAGAGUAGAGCCUUCGAUGACUCCAAUAACUUUAAGUACCUGUAUGAUAUGCAGUUCCAUGCAUCGGCCACCUGGGAUGACAUCAAAUGGAUAAGAACCAUCACUUCCCUUCCAAUCGUGUGUAAGGGCAUCCUUUCAGCUGAAUCAGCAAAGGAAGCAGCAGGUGCAGGGGUUGAUGGGGUACUAGUAUCAGCUCAUGGCGGGAGACAGUUAGAUGGCGCCCCUGCACCGAUCGACGCUGUGGCUGAGGUCGUAGAUGCAGUCCGCGGCAGUGGGAUAGAGGUGUACAUGGAUGGAGGAAUACGAACAGGAACGGACGUCUUUAAAGCACUAGGAAGGGGUGCUCGGGCUGUAUUUGUCGGCAGACCUAUAUUAUGGGGUCUAGCAUGCCAGGGUUCGAAGGGUGUCGAAAAUAUCUUGGAAAUUCUAGUAAAAGAAUUUGACAAAGCCCUAGCAAUUAGCGGCUGUACGAGUCCCGAAGGCAUCCCUCCAGGAAUGGUAGUUCAUGAGUCAUACUACCACCACAAUAAUAUGCAAAGUAAACUGUAACCAGUACAUUGAAUGUAUUUUACAUGUAUUUUCACUUUAAAUGGUCAGCUUACGGUUUCCAACUGCGGCUUGGAGGAUCAAAAUUGAAACAAUUGGUCAUUUUAAUGGAUUUUAACUUUGGUGUUGACUAAUCACAAAAUUUAUGUUCAAAACACUGGGUCACAUUUCCAUGAUUGGACAUUAACCCGCCCUCAAAUAAAAUCGUAAUGACAAUCUACAUUAAUGUUUUAUGAAUUUAUGGUUACAAAAAUGUUGAUGCCAAAAAUUACAUCAAUGUUUGAUCAAUUUUUGGGCAGUAAAAUAAAUGAAAUAUACGGCUAAGUACAACCAGUAAAAUACGGUCGGUGUACUAUGUGGUAUGGUAUGGUCAGCACUAAAAUUCUUUUGUUUUAAUAUAAUAGCAAUUUACAUUAUUAAUGUAUGAAAAGUGUAUUUAUAUAAGUGUAUAAAUCAGUGCAAAUGAUGAUAGUAUAAUGUAUAGUCGGUAAGAAAUAUGUAUGUUAACUUGUGUUUGAUAAAUGUAUGGUCAGUAUAAUUUAUGAUAUCGGACAGUGUAAUAAAUGGUCUGUAAAAUAUUAAUAGUACUUUAUAUUGUCAGUACUCAGUAUAAGUUGAUUUAAUGCAAUCAGGAUUAACGUUAUUGAAGAUGUAUGAUAAAAAUAUGGUCAGUAUCAUGGUAUAUAUGUACUGUAUGUGCUUGAUAUAAUUUGUUAAGUAAUCAAAUUUACGUUAAUUAUCAUAAUAGAUAUUUUUGUCAGCAUACUUUACGAUAUAUGUAUUUUCAGUAAUUAUAAUAAUUUGUUUUAACGUAAUCAAAAUUUAUGUUAUUGAAGAUGUAUGAUAAAUAUAUAGUCAGUAAAAUGUAAGGUCAGUAUUGUUCUUAACGGUAUUUGUAUUGUAUGUACUUGGUAUAAUUUGUUUGAAUAAAAAAUUACGUUAAUGUUCAUAUAUGAUAAAUAUUUAUAUCAGUAUACUUUACAAUAUAUGUAUUUUCAGUAAUCAAUAUUAUUUGUUUUAACGUAAUCAAAAUUCUGUGAAUGUACACGUAUGGUGAAUAUAUGGUCGGUAAAAUGUAUGGUCAGAAUACUUUAUGAUAUACAUAUGCAUAAUCAGUACUCGGUAUAAAAUAUUUGAUGUAAUCAAAACUGACAUUAAUGUUAAUAAGAAUAUGGUCAGUACAAAUAAUUAUAUUCAUGGUCAGUAGAAUGUAUAUGGUUAGUAAAGAGUGCUAUAAAGGUUUACUUGAAUUAAUGUUCAUAAAAUAAUGUAUGAUCAGUAUAUGAUAUAUUUAUUGUUAGUGAAAAGAAAAAAAAUACUAGUGAUGUAAAUUUA